GUCAUCCAUCAUCAUAUCAUUUAACACCUGAUUAUUCCCCAUAUGGUGUGUAGAAGAUAUUGCUAUAUAUCUAAAUAUGCCUUUGGAACUUAUAAAGAAGCUAUUUGUAACAUAAACUCAAAAAAAUUACCUAAUUUACCCCUACCAUCUUUAAAUCAAACAUUACAAAAAUAUUUAAAAAGUGUUAGGCCAUUGCUUAACGAUCUUGAAUAUAAUACUAGUCAAAAUAUUGUGACAACAUUUGGGAUAAAAGACGGAAUUGGCGAGAAUCUACAGAAAUUACUAUUAGAACGUGUCAAAAAUUCUUCUAAUUGGUUAACAGAAUGGUGGCUCAAAGCAUCAUAUCUAUCUGGGAGAUAUCCUUUAGUGUUGAACUCAAAUCCUGGGUUGAUCUUUCCUACUUUAAACCACCAUAAUUCAGGAUAUAUUAAUAGUAGAUUAAAUUAUAUCAGUUUUGUAUCAAGUGUUAUUUCUGCAACUAUUAAAUUUAGAAAACAAGUUUUAAUUGAUCAUAAACUAUUAUCUAAAACAGCAGAAAACUUUAAUAAAACUGGGCAUCUCUGUAUGUCACAAUAUUACCAUAUAUUUGGAAAUUGUAGAAUUCCUGGUAAAGAGCAAGAUGAUAUUCUAAUAUCAGAUUUAAAAAGAAAUCUUAUAGUGGAUGAUACUGGUUUCUAUAUUGUUGUUAUCUGCAAUAAUUGGGGGGUCGGCCGAAUCGUGGUUGAUUUGUCAUGGAAUGACCCAAUGCAUUUUAAAGCGUCAUUGAAUGGAAAUCAGCUGGAGACCACGUGGCACAUAAUUUUGCUAUGGAAAUUGCGGUUUACCGACGAAACGUCCAUUUAUAAAGGCAUAGAGUAUAUUAUAGAUAAGUGCGAAAAAAUGGGUAAAUUAAAAAAUCCGGUCAAUUUAUUAACCGCUAGCAAUAGACUUCAUUGGGCAAAUGCUUACGAAAAAUUGACUAAAGCUAAUACUCACAACAAAAGAGUUAUGAAAAUUAUUCAACAAAGCUUAUUCGUGCUGUGUCUUGAUCUAGACAUUCCACCUUCCGGUGACGAUUUGUCCAACGGGACACUAAUGAACCUCAAAGCCAACAAUAUUUUGCAUGGAUUGAAUUCAAAACACAAUACAGGGAACAGAUGGUUCGAUAAAACAUUACAAAUAAUUAUAGAUACCGAUGGAAGAGUUGGAAUAAAUUACGAACACACGGUGGCCGAAGGGCCUCCUUAUUUUGCUAUCAUGAAUUAUAUUGUGGAAAGCUUAAAACGUGACUCGAAGAUGGUCGAAGAAAGGGAUUCAGAAUUAAAAGGAUCUCAAUUUUGUCAGCUCUUAAAUUUCCAAGUAGAUUCCAACAUCGAUAAAGAUAUCGAGAUCGCCAAAGAAGAAGCUGAUUGCUCAAUCAAUAAUCUCAAUUUAAGCUUGUACAAAUUUCAAGAUUUCGGCAAACAUAAGAUAAAGCUUUUAUCAACUAGCCCGGACGCUUUUAUUCAAAUAGCAUUGCAAUUAGCUUAUUUCAAAACACAUAAUGAAGUAUGCGCCACUUAUGAAUCUGCAUCUACCAGGAAAUUUUUGAAUGGAAGAACUGAGACCAUUCGUUCUUGCACUGCCGAAUCGACACGAUUUUGUACAAGAUUCGUUAAUUAUCAUUCGAUAAAUGAAUCACAAGAUUACGAGAAUAAUAAGAAUGAUGAACUUUACCCGUUACUAAAAAAAGCUCUGGAAAAGCACUCCAGUCUAGCUAAAGAAGCAAUGGAUGGUCAAGGCGUCGAUAGACAUUUAUUAGGCUUAAAAAUAAUAUCAGCAUCCAUGCCCGGCGCUGAAAAAUUUCAUGGAAGACUUUUAGAAAUAUUUACAGACAUUGCCUAUUCAAAAAGUCGAUAUUUUUCGUUGUCUACCAGUCAAGUAUCGAACUCCCAUGAUUCAUUCAUGUUUUACGGACCAGCUAACGUCAACGACUACAAAAGUUACGGCUUCUGUUAUAAUCCCAGGAAAGAAGCUAUAAAUUAUGCUAUAUCUCUAAGUUCUUCGAAGGUUAAUGCCACUCAAAGAAGGGAGAUGAACGAUCGUUUAAACAAAAAUUUUCAAUCCUCGAUGCAUGAUUUAUUAGGAAUUUUGUCAUCAAAAUCCGAUAUACAAAAAAAAUAAAUUAUCAAUUUUUUUAUCAUGUUUUCUGUUUUUGAUAUCCGAUUUUUCCGCUUUUAAAUUUAUGGUUACUCUUUGGAAGAAAUUAUACAUAAGCCAAAUUACAUUUUAUACUAACCUUAACUUGACGAUUCAUUAUUUAAAAAGUGUGCAUUCA